ACAAAAACCAUUUGAAUUUUCUUUCUUCUUCAAAAGUUCGAAACUUUUUUUUUUCCGGCAAUGGAGGGACUAGUUCCGGUACAGAGACUUCCAAUUAAAGUGGCUUCACCUUCUCUGUAUCGGUGUAACAAUUCUGUCUCAAUCAGACGUUCAAUUUCAGGUUUUGCCAUGGACAGGAAGAUAAACUUUAGGGCUCCGUCGCAAUUCUCGAUCCGAGCUCAACAGUCGGAUUUGAAGGAAAGCUUAGCUGUGUCUUCUUCAUCAGUAGAGGAUAAAGGAAAUGUUCUUAGAAUCAAGGAAUGGGAAGUAGAGAUGUAUCAGGAGGAAUUAGCUAUUAGUCAAGGUAUUAGGAUAAGGAGAAAACCACCAAGUAAGGCUCCUUUGGGAUACUCUGGACCAUUUGAGUUGAGAUUGCAUAACAAUGAUGCUGAUUCUCCUCGUAAUAUCUUGGAGGAGAUCACAUGGUACAAAGACGUAGAAGUUUCCCGGAUGAAGGAGCUAAAUCCGCUUGACGUGCUGAAGAAAGCUGUAGAGGAUGCUCCUCCUACUAGGGAUUUUGUUGGGGCUCUUAGGAUGGCUCAUAAAAGAACUGGCUUCCCUGGCUUGAUAGCUGAGGUUAAGAAGGCUUCUCCAAGUAGAGGAAUCUUAAAAGAGAAUUUUGACCCGGUCGAGAUUGCUCAAGCUUAUGAAAAAGGCGGAGCAGCAUGCCUCAGCGUUUUGACAGACCAGAAGUAUUUCCAGGGAGGCUUUGAAAACUUGGAAGCAAUAAGGAGCGCUGGUGUGAAGUGUCCACUAUUAUGCAAAGAGUUUGUUGUAGAUCCAUGGCAGAUCUACUAUGCUCGGACUAAAGGCGCAGAUGCAGUACUGCUUAUUGCUGCUGUAUUGGCUGACCUAGAAAUAACCUUCUUGCUUAAGAUUUGCAAGAAGCUUAGCUUGGCUGCCCUUGUUGAGGUACAUGAUGAGAGAGAGAUGGGUCGUGUACUUGGAAUAGAAGGAAUCGAGCUUGUUGGCAUCAAUAACCGAAGUCUUGAAACAUUUGAAGUGGACAUCAGUAAUACAAAGAAGCUUCUUGAAGGAGAGCAUGGUAGACAAAUCCGUGAGAGAGACAUGAUUGUGGUUGGCGAAUCUGGUCUGUUUACACCAGAUGACAUUGCCUAUGUACAAGCAGCCGGAGUCAAAGCAGUUUUGGUUGGAGAAUCCAUUGUGAAGCAGAACGACCCUGAGAAAGGAAUAGCUGGACUUUUUGGCAGGAACAUUUCUCAUACUUAGAGACCAUAUCAUAAUACAUCUCCAAAUACGUUUCCUAGUACAUUUGUUUUGUAUCUUGCUCUGUGAGUAUUGAGGAAAGACUAGAAAGGUUUGUUGGUUCUGAUGUUUAAGACAUUUUCAAAAAACCAUCGAAUAAACUGAAUCGAAAUCGAUUUACAG